UGCUCCCUGGACAUUUUCGUCUUCAUCUCUCUCGAUAUUUGCUUAGGAGCUCUACACAAAUCCUUUAUACGUCCCAUUUAUUUCCUCUUUCUGCUUGUUUGCCUGUGUGAAAUAUAUACAAAACAAUACUGGACAGAAGAGUUGUUGUGCUUGUGUAUCCAGCGAGCAAAGUUGCAUUGCAUCUCCUUGGCUCAAAUUCACUCACUUUCGAUCAGUAUAAUACUACAGUCUCGAUAAAUCAAUACAAGCUAAAUAAAUUAAGACCGAGGGUGCAUAAUUGCAUCACAUUAGAGCCAGUUAAUACUUAAUAGCUGUAUUAUGCGGAGAGCUUUUAUUUAAUCACGGAAAUCAGACUCGUGCUGUAUUUACUAAUGCCAUAAUUUGGACUUUAUUUUUUCCUUACACAACGAGUUAAGCCAUUCAUAUUCAUCAUUUUUAUAAAUUUCUUGGAGAAUAAAGCUUUAUAAGAACGGUGUCAAGUGAUGUUUAGUCUUUAUUUUUUGUGGCUGAGGAGUGCAAGGCAGGGUGUAAUUUAAUCAUCAGUGUAAAUUUAUCAUAUCUACCCUGCAGUCAAAAUAAGAGGUCAAAAGGUCUCCACUUUAUUAAGCGAUGACUGCGUAUUUAUCGCGAAAAUGGCUAACUUCUCAAUAAUAAUGACGAACUAUACUAUGCAUUACAGAUUGUAGUUUAAUGUGAGAACGUACAUAUUGCAUAUGUGUAAUAAUAAACAAUUAACAAAGUGUAUUCACAAUUCUCACGUAAAGAAUGGUUAUGAAUUGUUAAAAGUGAGUAGAAUUUAGCGUUUGAAUAUCUGUGAGCCAUGAAUUUACUAAGUGGACUUGCUACUACUUUUCUCCUAUUGUUUGCCUCCCUACCUCAAUCAUUUUGUGCCAUUGACGAAAUAUCGCCCAAUCCUGGCAGUCUGAAUCCUCAUGAAAGCCGAUUUUACCAACAUUUGGAGCAAUAUUUCGGCAGCGUUGGUGGGAAUGGGGGAGAAACGCAGCCUCGUCGAAAUUCAUUAGUCUUAUCCGAAGCCCCCUCGGGCCCCGUGUCAGUCACUGCGAAAAAGACGGAGGAUGACUCCAUCGGAAUUUCGUCCACAAAUCCGUACCGAAUUAUGAAGCAUUUUCCCUAUGCACCCCUCUUCGACCCCUCCGUACCGCACAAUAAUGAGCCGGAAGUGAGAUUUGGGUGGCGUCUCGUGAUAAAACCUAGUCCCGUCAAUAAUGCUCGACUUAUCGUGAAGAGGAUUGAUGAAAGUUUGAACAUCACGUGCACACUGGAAUAUGUCGGACAUGCCAAUGGGCCCAUUGUUUCUGGUGAGGGGGUUGAUACUGCGAACAAAACUAGUAAUCUGCCUUCGCCACACCCACUUCCGGUCGUGGUAGAUGAGCAGGAACCAGAGUUGGGAGAAGAUCAAGUCUUUCGUCUUGCAUGGCAUUUGCCAUUUAUGCCGCAAAAUAGUAAAAAUCGGGUUCAAUUUCAAGAUUUUCACAAUUCGAAACAUUUAAUCGUGGACCAUUUAAAAGAAAGCGACGGUGGUGAAUAUGAGUGCACGGCGAAUGCCUUGGUCGAUUCUGACGAUAAGUUGGGUAGCAUCCCUCCGUUUGUGGAAUCCAUACAGAUUUUAGUAAAGCCAAAAAAGGGAAGUUGUAACGAACCGUUAAUUCUCUGCUCUUCCGGAGAAUGCAUUGCAAAACGGUUCAUGUGCGACGGAAAGCCGGAUUGCAAGGAUCGCAGCGACGAGUCUUUUGAUAAUUGUGGUAACGGCACAUAUCAUCCCUGUGAAGGAAAACUGCGGUGUUCUGACGGCCGGUGUAUUUCCCCGUAUUGGUGCUGUGAUAGAACAAUCGACAAGAACUGCACGAGUCUAGUUCAAUCGCCUUGUUGUGCCCAGUUGAAACAUAUAGUUCCCUUUCUCAUCGAGACGCACUACGGUGCCCAACCGCAACACUACAACGAGAUGGGAUUCCUCCAAACCACGAUUUACACGGUCAUCGGAUGCUCCAUGGCCUUCAUGUUCAUCAUCACAAUUAUGGUCAUUGCCAUUUGUCGCGUCCACCUGCGAAGAACAGCACUAACUCAAAUGAACCAUAAUCACCAUCACGGUCAGUUGAGGGGGCUCGGAUCAGCCGGAGCACCCGCACCUUUCGGCGAUAUUUUAUUCAAUUCCGGAGGUGCGAUGCCUUACACUGCAAAUGCAUCCGGGCUGCUGGUCACCUACAACAUAAACAACGGGGUUCAAUUUAUGGGGAGAAGUAGACCUACGAAUCCUCCACCCUACAGUUUUGAGCAGCCCAGCCUUCCCCCCAGGGAAGGACCUCCACCAGCCUACAGCUCCGUGGAAAAUUUAGCCGUGUCUGGAGGAGGCGGAGGUGAAAGUAGUUUAUCUACAUUAAACCCAGAAGGAAGUAGUAGCAGUCCUUCCCCAAACAGAAAUAAUCUGAGCGAAGAUAGUGCUCGAGAAGGAGGAGUAGGUAACUCGAGAAGUAACAAUGCUACCAACAAUAGGACAAGAAGUCCAGGUCCGUCAACAACGAGUGACCCCACACCCGGUAGACCAUUACAGGAUGCAGAGGUUGACGAGUCUAUCGCAGUAGCUCAGCCAUUACUUGCACAAACUUCGUCCCCAUCAAAUGAUAGAAAUAGAAACGAGCAGCAAAAUACUUAAUUGAAACUGCAACUAAAAUCAUUUUUACACAACUGGUGAAAUCAUAAAAUGUUAAAAGAAAGAUGAGGAAAGAUGAGGGUGAAAUUUUUUAACUCUCAAGUCACGUUUUUAAAUUGAAUUUGUAUCAGCAAAUGGUGAAGAUGACAUUGUUUUUUUACUAUAACUCACUAAUUAACUUAAACCAAAGAUUUUAUUAGCUCUCUCUCUGUAGUUGAACCCUGUUUACACGGAAAGCUUCCUCAUAUUCUUGCCACGAAAAAAAGUUUUCUCCAAUUUUACGAACCUGUCAAAAACUUAACAUACUCAUUUACUUUGCUCAUUCAUUUAAAUCUCAUCAUAAUCACGACAACAUGAAGUUAUUCGACAUAUCAUGUAUUGAUUCUGGUUAAAGUUAAGUAUGUACAUACCUUGUUCGUUCGUUAUUAAUUUGAAAUGACUCUUAUAUUAAUAUUGACAAGAACUGUUGAAACGGAACCAGUCAGUAGAAUAAGUUAUGAUUUUUGUAAUAAUUUUAGACAACAAUGAGAUCUUCCGGUGACAUUUUAUUAGUAAUAAAUUAUUAGCAAAAAA